AUGAAGUUGUCUGUCUUGAUAGUUAUUGCUUCGCAACUUUUUGCAGUUGCGAAGUCUAUAUCAGUGGGGAGAAUUCAACUCGAUCCUAGGGACAAAAACCCUCCUGAUUACAACAAACUAGUAGAGUAUGCUCAUUUGACUUCCUUUGCCUACUGUAUUAAGAGGGGUUUAACCACAGGUUUGCUUGGAGAUAAAGACACCAAUUGUCCUAAACACAGCUGCCAGGAUGAUGAAUUCAAGAAUAUUGAGGUCUUGAAGACGUUCAACUUCAAUAAACAGGGAAAUGUUGGAUCUGGCUACAUAGCCAUUGAUGAAGAGCAGAAGAGAAUCUUAUUGGUAUACCGGGGAACUGCUUCAAGGUCAGACUGGGUCUCAGACAUGGACUUUUAUCCCGUCAACUAUACACCAUAUGUUCUAUCCGGAGAUACUUCCAUUGCUUCCACCAAGUCAAUAGAAACAGAAGGGUGCAGAGUUCACAAAGGUUUCUACAGCUUUAUUCAAAACAACUUUUCUUUUAUAUACAAAUUCAUCAACAGCCUCAAGAAAAAACACCCAGAUUAUCAAGUUGUAUUGAGUGGACAUUCUCUUGGUGCUGCUUUGGCCGUAUUGACAGGAAUUGAAUUUCAACUUAUGGGCCAUGACCCGCUUAUUGUUACAUACGCUGGCCCCAAGCUUGGAAAUGACAAGUUUGCAGAAUUCACCAACAAAAUCUUCCAAACUACUGUCAAGGCAGAGUCCAUUGAUUCCACACAUGACUUUCAAAGUGGUUUGAUUCGAAUUGUUCACUACUUGGAUAUAGUUCCAAGCUUGCCUCCAAGCCCAUACUUUAAACAUGCUGGGUACGAAUACUAUAUUGAUAAAAGUAAGCUUCCGCACGAGCCUUCAAAUUUACAAAGGCCCGGGGUGCAAUCCCAACUUGAUAUCCAAAAGAGAGCUGCUCCUGGGGGCAUCAGUCUUGGAAAGUUAUGGCCAGAGUGGUUCGGAAAGUACGAACACACACACUAUUUCAUCAAGGUAACGGGAUGUGAACCCGAGGAUGACGAAAACAGGUAA